AUGUUUUUACACGAAUUUUAAUCAGGCUCUUAUUUCUAGGUUUUCGAUCCUAAGGAAGUAGAAACCAAAGGAAGCAAAGAAAAAGAAGAUCUUUAUAAAAAGUUGUUCAAAAUCAAUUACCCUUUAAAAAGUUCAAGGUAUUUUGAUAAAGAAAUGAAAGGAUUUAUUUAUGAAUUCUUAGGUGACUCAACUAGGAUUCAAUUUCCAAAACAAGGAGAAUUAGGCUUGAUUCAAUAGUUUUUAGUGGUAUAGGUUAAUAUAGAUCUUGGGUUCGUUUGGACUCUAGAGUUGGAUGUGACUGAUACUACAAAAACUAAAAGAAGAAUAGUAUUAACAGAUAGUGUGAAGAGUCUUGAAAAUCAUCAUUUCCAUAUUAAAUCCCCAAUAGAUCAUGUAAAAAGAGGAUAAUGGUUAAAUCUCUGCAUAGAUGUUUGGAGUUUCAUGGAAGCGUUUAAAGGGUGCACAUUUCGAUCCAUAGAUUAGAUAAUUAUUGGUUCGCCAUGUAAAUUAAGGAAAAUUUAUAUUAUGAAAUAUCCAAUUUAGGAUAGCGAAAUAGAUAUCACCUUCACUUAAGGUUUUGCGGUAGUUCCAAAGUAGGUUAAUUUUCCUGAGGGUUUCCCUUAUUAAAACUAAUUAAUUACUUUUCGACUGUUGAAUUAUAAUGAGUUUGCUUUAAGUUCUCAAAUUCAAAGCCUCCCUAAAAGCCCUGAUAAAUAUGUUUAUGAUGUAAAAUAUCCGAUAGAGUAAAAAUAAAAAAUAGGAAAAUAUAAAUAUAACAAACCUGAACAAUCUAUUUAAAAAAAACAGACCUAGCAAUAAUCUUAAAAUUUUCAAAAAUAUGAUAAUAUUGAUUUAGAUGAAAAAUUAUAAUCUUCCUUGAAUGAUGAAGAAUCAGAACCUAAAGAUAAUCCAUCUUAUUUCGAAGAAAUUUAAUAGGAUUAAUAUGAAAAUGAAUAAUUAGAAGAUUAUCUAGAGGAUUUCGAUCAAAAGGAUGAAGAGUAUCUCAAACUAGUGUACGAUCCGAAAUUGAAAUGCUUUUAUGAUCCUUAAACUAAUGAAUAUUAUCAAUUAAAUAAUUAAGAAUGA